AUGAGCACAUCAGCGGGGACUCGGGACCUGCAAACUUAUCAUUUGGCUCGUUUACUGCAUUUGGUGCCGCACCUACACCGUGUGUAUGCGGAAAAUUGUUUUCUUGUGCCACUCUUCUUUUCAUCAGUGAGUCCAGCCACCAAACAGCACGCGAAACUUAUUUUGCUCUGCCUCAGUCGCCGGUUUGGUUCCCCUGUGGCGGGAAGCAUCUGCUCUAACAUUUUUUCGUUCCUAUCCUUCCCCGAGUUGGUCGUGGCGCCACCCGUCAGCAGUGUGGGGAUCCUACGGGAUCUGCCAGUUAAUGAUAACAUCAAUGAUAGUGGCCGUGGCAGCGGUGCCCCUGACGCGGCUAGCAGCGAAGAAACGAAGCCAAUUAGCGGUCGUAAGCGGGAGCGCGAGGAAAAUGAGUUAGAAACUAGGGUGCGUACAAGUGAAGACGCAUCAGAAAGUGGUGUGGUGAAGGCGGUUGACUCUGUGGGAAUGGUCGACAGUGCUGGGAAGGAUAUGCACACACAAGCCGACUCGAGGAUAGAGCCGUCGUUGACCUCUGCGGCGACGACUUCCGGGGGCCAGGCAGAGAGGUCAGAGGAGUUGGACCGGCUUUUUCUCGUGCGGCCACCAGUGGUGACUACACCUGCGGCUUUAACCCAGUUGUACGUUCGUAUGACUUCUGAAUACCAGUUAAAUGAGGAAACAAUGAACACGUACUUUGGGCGCUACGGUCAAGUUUCAUGUGUGUUGGUGCGUGAACAGCAGGUUGGGGAUGAUAGACGAUCCGGCGGUGUGAGCCACGUUCAGGACUUUAUUGUGACUGUUGAUUCAAUGAAUAACGCCCUUCAGGCUGUUUGUUAUGCCUACUAUAGAGAGCUUACCUUCAUUGCAUUACAUGAGCCGGAGUAUAAUGUGUACACGCGUGCAGAUGUGGAUCGUGUAUUGGAGGAGGUGGGCGUGGAGGUUGUCGAGGACCCGUCUAAGGGCGCAGAUGCCGCCGAGGGUGGGGAUGGAGGAUUCUCUCAUCAUCAGUCUUUUAUCCCUGAUGUGGUAGUAGAUGGACUGCCGUAUUGGUUGACGGUCGAUCAGCUGCGAGCUUGCUUUUCAGAGUAUGGCACUGUUGUAGAUGUGCGCAUUUCAAUUGAUGACCGAAGUGGAUCUUUCACUGGUGCGGCACUACUUGGCAUGUCGUCUGUUGAGGAAGCGAUAGCGGCAUCGGAGGGUCUCAAUGGCGCCACAUUGAAGGGUCACACCCUGGUGAGCGGUGUUCUUGACGCGCGUCUCAACAUCGUUUCACUGAGGCAUGGAAUGGUGGUUCGCCGAGCGGACGAAAUGUUGCCCGAGGAUUACGAUCUAUCCGAAAAUGGGAGGAGGUGGGUGUAG